UUAAAAGGAGACUGCUGUGCAGAAAUGCCAUGUCAUUCUUUGCAAGCCAAAGCUAAGGGAGAAAAACUGCGGGAGGCAACAGAGCGUUCUACAGCAAUAUCUGAACCUGCGAUGCUGGACUUUACGUCAGAGAAAGUGAGGACUGUCACACAAGGUGUGACAGUACUGCCCUCAAAUAAAACGAAGAGUCAGAAGGAAGCCAGAAAGAUCUCUAAACCCAUAAUGGAGAAAAGACGUCGAGCACGAAUAAAUGAGAGUUUGGGUCAACUGAAAGCCCUGCUGUUAGAUGCACUGAAAAAAGAUAAUCCAAGAUUUUCAAAGCUGGAGAAAGCUGACAUUUUGGAAAUGGCAGUCAAACACCUGCGCGCCCUUCAGCACAACAAAAUCACAGCUUCAUUAAGUGUCAGUCCAUGUGUUUUGAGCAAGUUCUUUGCUGGAUUUAAUGAGUGUGUGAAUGAAGUAACCCGUUUUCUGUCAACAUGUGAUGGAAUUGAUGCUGAUGUAAGAAGCAAACUCCUUAAUCAUUUGGCCAGUUGUAUAAACAUACCUACAAAUGGACUUUCUUCUCCUCAUGUCAUGACACCACAUCUAACAGAUAACAAUGUUUCUACAAGAACAUUUCAGAUCAUCUGCUCACCAGAAAUACAUACCCAUGUGACCAGUACAUCUCAACUUAACUUUCUUCCUGCUUCUAGCAAUCCAAAAUUAUUCAGUCUUUCAUCGCAGGUCUCGCCACCUGAAAUACCUUGUCCUGUGCAAAGAGUGGAUGAUUGCACUGGUCGUACCAGCAGUGCUAUUCCGAGUCAUCUGACACCAAAGAGACCAUUUGCACUGAUGAUGUUUGACUCUAAGACAUCAGCUGCAGAACUUGGAUUUUCCAACAUGAGGUCAAAUGUCAGUACAUCUUCUGAAAGUGCUCUUGACUUGCCAGCAGUGAGAGACUCUAGAUUCGCAGUGGAUGAACAUGUGCCUAACCAAGCAGACCAUAUGUGGAGACCGUGGUACAAAUAAGUACUUAAAGCACUUGUUGACCUUGCAGAUAGAUUAUUGCUGACCUUCACUUCUCACUGACAGAACUUAGCCUGAUCAGCAAGGUUUCCAACUGUUAAAUGCCAUUUCGUUUUUAUAUUUUUAACUGAUAUUUUCUCUUUCACCUUCAAGAAUUUAUUAGAACUAAUAAAUAAAACAAUGAUCUAUU